AUGUCAAAUGCACUCAAACAAUUAUUUGCUAUUCUUCUUAUCUACUGUGAGCCAACAAAUGUUCUUCAAUUAUGGAAUGAGUACUACAUGGAUCUGUCUCAUGAUUAUCAAACCAUUAAGGAUAUUUCUUAUGAUGAUUGUGUCUCAAAAAUAUUAUUGGAUAUUAACUUAUUUCUUGAGAGAAUGGGAAGGUCCAUUGAUGAUUUUGACUUGCCUGAAUUGCCACAUGUCCAAGAGAUCUUUCAUGAUUUAAAUGAUGAGCUCAAUAAUAGAGAAAUAUCUGAAGAGCUAAAUGUCAUUACUCCAGCUGAAGAUAUAAAUAUAAUACAUACACUCAAUUCAAGUCAGAAGAACGCAUUUGAAGAAAUUAUCAAUCGUGUUAAUCAAAAACAUCAUGGAAUGUUCUUCAUAGAUGGUCCUGGAGGUACAGGUAAAACAUAUCUGUAUCGUGCAAUUCUUUCAACUUUAAGAAAUGAAGGUCAUAUAACAAUCACAACAGCUACAUCAGGAGUAGCUGCAUCAAUAUUGCCUGGAGGUCGAACAACACAUUCAAGAUUCAAAAUACCUAUAAAUUCAACAGAAAUUACAUUAUGUGCAAUUACCAAACAAAGUGGACUUGCUCAAUUACUUAAAAAAACAAGUAUUAUACUCUGGGAUGAAGCUCCAAUGGUAAAACGAACAGCAAUUGAAACUUUAGAUAGAACUAUGAAAGAUAUUAUGAAUAGUUCUAUUUCUUUUGGCGGUAAAGUUAUUGUUUUUAGAGGUGACUUCUGA